UAUAUGAGAAAAAGUGCAAAAAAUGCAGUAGCCGCAAUAAUUGCCAACAACAGCAACGACAACAAAUAGGAGAGAAGGCAUAAGUAAAUGCAUGCAGUACAGCGUCAUCAUCUUAACUGAAUUCCAACGCGCUGUUUGUCGUUGUUGUUGUUAUUCAAACAACAUCUCCCAUUUUUAUAUUCAUCAUUGUCACCCUCAGCAUGUCACAUCCAAAUAAUCGGCGCUCACAAGCGCCUACAAGUCUUGAAUGCCCGCUGGCUUCGCUGGGACGCAAUAGCAGUGGCGUCAUCGACUCACUGACGGGGCAUCACCAACCGCCAUAUCACCAUCCCCUCAGUUCCAGCCCACUCGAUCCGCAGGUUUAUCAAAUGUCACGUAAAUCGCCAGACCUAAGCAUCGAUGCAGACGAUAUCAUCUAUACGCCUUCGGCCUCGCAGCAGGGUGAGGCGGUCGAUGGGCUGCUCAAUGAGUUGGCUAACAUUGAAGAAAAUGUAGAAUCCACUGGCACUGCUGCAUCCGCUAUGAACGCAACGGUACAACGUAAUCACACACUGCCCGAAAUGUACCAGCUGCCGCAUAGUAGCGCCCAUGGUGGUGGUGGUGGUGGUGGGGUUGCGUCAAGUGGACAUAUAAGUAGACAUCAGGGCGGACGUUGUAGUGUGCCAACGGUGUCGAGUGGUAUGAACGGAAAUGGCUCACGCAGCGUGCAAUAUUUCUUAGAGAAGAAAAUGGAUGCGCUGUACUUGGAUAAUGCGAUACGCGCGCUACCGCUCGGCUCAGAGGCGCGUCAUUUCGAAAGUGAACGGUACUUCCUCGAGGACGGUCUACGCAAUAUGUGUACUUAUAAUAAUGGCGCUGAACGACUAGCAGAACCACACUAUAUGCGCCACCACACAUCCAGUCCCAGUGAGACAAGCGGUUCCGAUCGUUAUCUGCUAAAUCGCACCGGUUCGCCGACGGAUGCUUUCAAUUCGUCGAAUCGUUUGGAAAAUUUUACCAACUCGGGCAACAAUGUUGCGACACCUAACCUUGCACUUGAUCAACGUUUCCAUCAUACCAAAGUGAAAAGUCUGUCCGAAGGUCUCUGCAACCUCGGUCGGUUCUCACCUAGUCUAGAUCAAGGUUACGCCACACUUGUUUCACCUUCGCCAACGGGUCAUCAUCCGACCACCAUCACUACCCACGGCAUUGUGCAUCAUCCGCCACCAUCCAAUACUACAUUAACGGCUGUGACGCGCACUCGUCACGACAAUGUUGCGCCACCACCGUGGAAUAAGAAGACCUUCAGAUCGGGUCCGCUCUUCGAUCGUUUGCCAGACGAUGUGGUUUUAAAGAUUUUCGAGUGGUUCGACAGUUGUGAGUUGUGCAAUUUAGCGCGAGUGUGUAGACGGUUUGAUCAACUCGCCUGGCGGCCAACACUUUGGAAGAUGAUCUCGCUGAAAGGCGAACAUUUAAAUGGAGAUAAGACACUAAAGAUGAUUUUCCGCCAACUGUGCGGACAAACUUGCAAUGGCUCGUGUCCGGAAGUGGAGCGUGUUAUGCUCUCCGACGGCUGCAGAAUAUCGGACAAAGGUUUACAAUUGCUAACACGACGCUGCCCAGAACUGACACACCUGCAGUUGCAGACGUGUGUGCAGGUGUCCAAUCAAGCGGUACUCGAUGUACUGACGAAAUGUACAAACUUACAGCAUCUCGAUGUGACAGGUUGUAGUCAAGUGAUCAGUAUCAGCCCUCAUCCGAACAUGGAACAACCACGUCGUCUGCUGCUCCAAUAUUUGGAUCUUACUGAUUGUCUUAGCCUAGAUGAUAUAGGUCUUAAAAUUGUAGUGAAAAACUGCCCUCAGCUUGUUUACCUUUAUCUAAGACGAUGCAUAAAAAUCACAGACGCUGGCUUAAAAUUCGUGCCAAGCUUUUGCAUUGCCCUAAAGGAGCUCAGCAUAUCCGAUUGCAUUAAUAUCACCGACUUUGGCCUCUAUGAGCUGGCUAAACUUGGCGCUAUUCUGCGAUACCUCUCUGUGGCGAAAUGUGAUCGCGUCUCAGAUGCCGGUCUCAAGGUGAUCGCGCGUCGAUGUUAUAAGCUGCGUUAUCUGAAUGCGCGUGGCUGUGAAGCAGUCAGCGAUGAUUCAAUCACUGUCUUGGCACAUUCUUGCCCGCGUUUGCGUGCACUCGAUAUCGGUAAAUGUGACGUGAGCGAUGCAGGAUUGCGUGCACUAGCCGAAAGCUGUCCGAAUCUUAAGAAACUCAGCCUACGGAAUUGUGAUAUGAUAACCGAUCGAGGCGUACAGUGUAUAGCAUAUUACUGCCGUGGUCUGCAACAACUAAACAUACAGGAUUGUCAGAUAUCAAUCGAGGGUUAUCGGGCGGUUAAGAAAUAUUGCAAACGCUGCGUUAUAGAACACACAAAUCCAGGGUUCUGUUGAGCACUGAAAAGAUGCGAAGCGCAAAGGAGAAUCGUGAGAUAAAGAAAAGAGGCAAUAUAAUUUACUAUAGAAGUGUUGAUAUGUUAUAUGUAUGUAUAUAUACGAGUUUAGCUUAAUUUUUUGUUUUGGCAAUAAAAAUUAAUAACCGGAAAUGAAAAUGCAGUCUAGUAAAAAUGCUGAGGACAAGAUUUCUUAUGUAUAUUUUUUAUCUAUUUUAUCUUCGAAACUCUAAAAACUCAACUCUGGGCGUUUAAAAUUUCGUACGAGUUUUAAGAAAAAAGGGUCUCGUUCCAUUAAUAUACUCUAGUUAACUGCUAAUAAAUACUCAAAAAGCUUGGCUUUUCAAUUUUAAAACAAUUGUUUAAUGCAUUUAAAAUUAUUUGAUAAUUUUAAUUCAUACUUAAGC